AGAUGGCGUCCGACGUUUCCUCGCUGGGCGCAGCCGUCGGCUCCGGGAACUCGGGCUCGGGAGCCCAGGCUGGAGCAGCUCAGAGACCCAGCAAGAGGCGGCCUGGGCUCGAUUUUGAUGACGAUGGAGAAGGGAACAGCAAAUUCCUCAGAUGUGAUGAUGACCCGAUGCCAAACGAUAAAGAGAGAUUUGCCAGGUCUGAUGAUGAGCAGAGUUCAGCGGAUAAGGAGAGACUUGCCAGGGAGAACCACAGCGAGAUCGAGCGCAGGAGGAGGAACAAGAUGACAGCCUACAUCACGGAGCUGUCCGACAUGGUGCCCACGUGCAGCGCCCUGGCCCGCAAGCCGGACAAGCUGACCAUCCUGCGCAUGGCCGUGUCCCACAUGAAAUCCCUGCGUGGCACCGGCAACACCUCCACCGACGGCACCUACAAACGCCGGUGCUGAACCAGCCGCAGUCCGAGUGGUUCGGCAGCACCCUGUACGAGCAGGUGCACCCCGACGACGUGGGCAAGCUCAGGGAGCAGCUCUCCACCUCUGAGAACGCCCUCACAGAGGGAACCAAGCCCUGGUGCCUUUCUACCAAGGAUGCUGCAGCCCCCCCCGAGAGUGCAUCUAAAGGUCGUAUCCUCGAUUUGAAGACAGGGACUGUGAAGAAGGAAGGGCAGCAGUCCAUGAGGAUGUGCAUGGGCUCCAGGAGAUCUUUCAUCUGCAGGAUGAGGUGUGGCAACAGCUCUGUGGAUCCGGUCGCUGUCAAUCGUCUGAGCUUCAUGAGGAAUCGCUGCAGGAAUGGUUUAGGUGCAGCCAAGGAUGGAGAACCUCACUACGUUGUCGUGCACUGCACGGGCUACAUCAAAGCCUGGCCCCCAGCAGGUGUUUCCCUGCCUGAUGAUGACCCUGACGCUGGCCAGGGCAGCAAGUUCUGCCUGGUGGCCAUUGGCAGGCUCCAGGUGACCAGCUCCCCCAACUGCACAGACAUGAGCAAUGUCUGCCAGCCCACAGAAUUCAUCUCCCGACACAACACCGAAGGAAUUUUCACCUUCAUCGACCACCGGUGCGUGGCCACCGUGGGUUACCAGCCCCAGGAACUCUUGGGAAAAGACAUUGUGGAUUUCUGCCAUCCAGAAGACCAGCAGCUUUUACGGGACAGUUUUCAACAGGUGGUGAAGUUAAAAGGGCAGGUGCUGUCGGUCAUGUUCCGCUUCCGAUCCAAGAGCCGCGAGUGGCUGUGGAUGAGAACGAGCUCGUUCACCUUCCAGAACCCCUACUCGGAUGAGAUCGAGUACAUCAUCUGCACCAACACCAACGUCAAGAACUCGAGCCAGGAGUCCCGGCCUGCCCUGGCAAACUCCAUGCCAAGGCCUCAGCUGGGGCAGAGCGUCAGCCUUCCCCUGGACAUGGGCACAGCCCCACUGCCCUCAAGGCAGCAGCAGCCACCUCAGGCAGAGCUGGAAGUGGGCCCAGCAAGGGAGAGCUUGGCUGGCUAUGAGCACUCACAGGUACCUGUCCAGCCCGUGAGUGCUGCUGGCCCCGAGCACAGCAAGCCCCUGGAGAAGGCUGAGAGCCUGUUCAGCCAGGAGAGGGACCCACGCUUCGGGGAGAUCUUCCCUGGCAUCAGCACAGAUGAGAGCAAAACCAUCCCUGCCAGCACCAUGCCAGCCAACCCUCCCCUCUUUGCCCAGGGCAACACCUUCACUGCUGCACGGCCCGCUGAGAACUUCAGGAGCAGCAGCAUGGUGCCUCCAGUGAACAUCAUCCAGCAGCAGCAGCCCUCGCCCUCCGGCCGGAUCCUGUCCCAGAUUUCCCGGCACUCCAGCCCAGCUCAGGUCAGCGGCACCACCUGGGCUCCAGGGACACGGCCGGUGUUCACAGCCCAGCAAGUGGCAUCUCAGACAGUGAAGACACGACCUCCUUCCUUUGGCAUGGGGACAUUCCAGGGCACGCCGUCCUCCUUCAGCUCCAUGGCAGCGCCGGGAUCGACGGCGUCUCCCAGCACGGCGCCGUACCCAGCCCUGGCCAGCCGUGGCACAGCCUUCACAGCCACAGAGGCCGCCCAGAGCCCGGCCCCGUUCCAGCCCCGCGCCGCCGACGCCGUGGGGAUGUGGCCGCAGUGGCAGGGCCAGCACCACGGCCCAGCGCCCGCGGAGCAGCACGUGCAGCAGCCCCAGCCCAGCCAGCCCGAGGUCUUCCCAGACAUGCUGACCAUGUUGGGGGACCAAGGCCCCAACUACAACAACGAAGAAUUCCCAGAGUUGAACAUAUUCCCUUCUUUUUCUGAAUAAAAACAAGCCUUAGGGGAAACAACACAAAGCUCUCAACAACAUCCACAUGUAAAGGAUAAAAAACAGCAGAGUCUUUUUCUCAAGGAACUGUGUGAACCCUUCCCACCUUCUGGCAGCAGAGCUCCGAGGAGGGAUGGCCUUGGAGGACCAGGUGGUUUGGGCACCUCCUCCAUGUGGGAUUGUUCUGGAAGCUUCAGGACCUGAGUGCCACAAAGCUGAAGGCCCCAGAGCUGCUCCCAAGUGGAUUUUUUUUGGGAAGGGAUUCCUGUCUGGAUCACAAGACAGCCCUUCCUCACUUUUUAAGGUGGCUUUUGACUGUUUUUAUUUCAUUCUCUGCCGUGACUUUUUUUCUAUAAAACACAAAACUAUUGGAAUUUUUCAGUACUGGAAGGAACUCUUCCAAGUGUUAUCCCUGUAAACACAAUCCUGGAGGAUGCUUGAGUAAGAAUCCGUGUUCCAAGCCAGUGUUUUCCUCCUUUUUGGAGGAAUUUUGGCUGUUUUUGGAGGGUUGUUACAGCGUCUCCAGUCCAGGGUGCUCCACGUGGAGAUUCCUGUGUUUUUCUGGAAUCUUCUCUCUCCUGUGAACUGUGCAAUGAAAUCAGUGUGACCCAUGAACCCCCCUCGUUACCCUGGGAUAAUUAACAAGCCAUAAAAAUAUUACCCAUGUAGCUUUCUUCUGGAUGAAUCCAUUUUCCAGCUGAUGGUUUCUGUGCUGCCACAAUUUGAUGUUCCAACAGGUUUCUUUUGGGAUAAAACCUGCUCCAUGGAAUUUUAUCCCAUGUAGGUGAGUUCCUUGUCCUCAUUUUGGAGCUGGAUGGAGGAGAAUCCCUGGAUUUGAGAGAUUUUCCAGGGAAUUGCUGAGGAACUGUGUAAUUUCACUACAUUUGCUCACUCACCUCCCUAAAGAAGAAUUCCUGCCAUGGGAUGAUCCUGUUGCCAAAUGACAAAGAGUAAGAGGAGAGCUGGAAAAGUAGGGAACAGAAUGAAAUUUUUUUAUAUAUAUAAAUAUAUCUAUAUAUAUAAAUUUUUAAUUUUUAAACAUUGACUUGGAAUCUUCUGGCUUUUUCCGUGAAAAAAAAAACCAAAAAAAAAAAACAACUUGUGGCCAACCCUGCUCUCCUCAGGGGCUGGAAGAACCAUUUGAUUCCCUCUUGCUUCAAUUCCAACAGGAAAAUGAAUUUCAGAGUUGGACUUGGAAGGAAAUUUGGCACAACAGCAGCUGGGGAAGAGUCCCAAAUGUUCCUGGUUCUGUUUUGAAUGGAAUGUGGGUGUUCCCCCCUUUCCCUGCAUGUUUGGGGGGCUCUGGGACCCCCAGGCUGGUUGUGAGUAAGAAUGGGGAGAUCCCUCGCCCUUUUCUGAUUCCAGAGCUGUCAUUCCUGACUAAAAUCUGAAACCUUUGUGUCACCAACCCAGAGCUAUUCCUCUUCUAAGUGGAGCAGGAAGCUUUAUUUUUCCCUCUCCUUUUCCCUCUGGAAAAUUAACACUUGAAGGUUUUGUUUUAAUUGGUUUUUUUUUGUUUCUUUUUUUUAUUUUAUCUUAAAUGUAUGGAUAAAUGGGAACAUCCCAUUUGAAGA